AUUUUCUACAGAUGAACACCAACACUUUAGUUAAAAUAAUUGGAGAGAAGAAUAGAUAAACUACAUUAACUAAAACUUUAUGGUCAAUAAUUACGCAUACACAUUUGAAACAUCAUUACAGCAUGAAUUAUCGGUUGCUUUUGAAAGAGAUUCAUGAUUUAAUUUCUGUUUGUGAUGAAGAAUUCAGUGGACAAGUGAAAUUACAUAUUCCAGAUGAAACACAGCCUUAUAUGAUUUACUUUACUGUCACUCCAAAUAAAGGAUUAUACGAACAUGCUUCAUUUGAAUUCUCUAUAACUGUUUCUCCGAACUAUCCAAACGAAACACCUUCAGUGAAAUGUUACACACCAAUAAUUCAUCCUAAUAUUGACUAUACAAAUUUACAGGAUACUGUAUGCGUUAAUCUGCUGUUCUCAUGGGAGAGAUGUUAUAGGAUUAAAGAUGUUAUACAUGCAAUAAUAUUUUUAUUCUAUGAACCGAAUCGAGAUGACUGUUUAACUCCGAGUUCCUUGUUCAACAGUGAAGAGAGUUAUAGAGAAAGUGUGAAGUUGUUUUUGAAAGGUGGUAUUGUGGAUGGUCACUAUUUCCCUCCGAAUAAGUCAUGGUGUGAAUGGCAGAAGAAUUCAGAAACGACAGAGGAAAUAAACACUUCAAAUGUGUCUCAGGAGAUAGGCGAACCCUGCUCACCCGUAAAACGUCAAGCAAGUCACAAUUCCUCACAGUACUGUAAAGAAGUUUACGCUCGUUCGGAAUCCAGUUUAUCUAAUUGCUCAUCAUCACCAAAUAGUGAGUACACAGAAUACGAUCAAGACAUGUGGUUAUUCUACAUUGAAAUUACAAUUGAAAAAAUAAGCUCAGUAACUGAAAAUGAAAUACAAACAUUCAAAGGAUGUAAUAUUUCACGUUACUUUACUAUUGAAUUUUAUCCAUAUACUGAUUUAAUGUUUGAGAAAUUAGUUAUCAACCGAAGCUGGAUUCCAUCAUUUCCCUUGAAUGAAGACGGUAAAUUAAAUUUGAUCCAAAAAUCAUCACAGUUUAAUCCACGCAUAAUCAGACGAGCAAAGAGUGAUUCAAUACUGGAUGGUGGUUCUGUGUAUGAAAAUGACAGUGAUAAUUGUGAAGUUGAGGUUGAGGUUGAGAAUGAUAGUGACGGUGAAGGUGAGGCUGAAGGUGACUGUCCAUCAUUGAAGGAGGAAGAGGGAAGUGUUGCCUCUUCUUCGAAGACAGCAUCUGUCAAUGAAGUGGAAGAAGAAUUUCGUCUAAAUUUUGAGGAUGACAUAUUCGCACACCUUGCAAGUGAUCCGAUUUUCCAAAGUGGUCGUUAUCAUGUUUACCACUCAAUGAAACUAUUUAAAGCAAUGAAGAAACCUUGGUGGUGGAUAUUUUUUCAAACACGUUGGGCUCCUUUCGUUGCGCCUGGACGAUUUUAUUACACUGAAGAAAGAGAUGUAACAGGAGACACAACGCCAACCAGCAGAGGAACUUGUUCACAUCUACGAGAGGAGUUGAAUCGAUUGUCGACGAAGUAUAGAAAUUGUGAUAAUCUUAUUCUUGUCGAUUCAUUGGCUUUGUCACCAUUCUCACCCAUACUCAAUAGAAUCACGCUGAUUCCACCAUCAGAUAUUCCACAUAGGUGUUUCAAAUUCUGUUGGAGAAGUAUUGAAUGGCUGUCUUUAACAUGGGCGUGGUUCCCACCACCAACUACAAAAGAGUCAGAACACCUGAUUCUUCCUGGAGCUGGUCUGCUUACAACAAUGUGCUGGAUCUCGAACUGGAUCGCUUAUGCUUCACGUGUUGAGUUAUAUCAUUCGUGUCUGGGAUAUUCGAGACGCUUAUUCGUUUUGCCUAUGGAGAGUAUGGCCACCUCUUGUUUAUCACCAGCCAGUCUAGUUUGUGGACACUGUCCACUACUGGAUGGUUGGCCGUUGUGGUUGUUAACACAUGCCAGUCGGCUGAUGUGUUCAUGGAUGCUCUCCAUGUGUGUCUCACUGUCAGACUAUUUAUCUCAGAAAUCGUGUAGUCUGCAUUUUGUAUUUGAUGAUUCAGAUGAGAUAUGAAGAUGUUGUUUUUUUUAUUUUUUAUUUACAUGCACACAUGUUGAUGUACCAUAAUCAAAAUCAUCAUUGUCCCCCUAACCGAAUUAAUCUUUGAAUAUAAAUUUUUUGAUACUUUGCACAGAAUAUAAACAAAUUGUUGAAUG